AUGGAUUUCCAGACCGUCAUAGCUAGCAGCAAUGGCACUGAUGAUGGUGGAAAGUCGCCAAGCGGCCCGUCGUCUUUCUCAGCAGUAGCUGCCGCUUUUGUGCCAACAUUCGUGACAGCCAGUCUGUUCGUGUCGGCUUUCGUAAUAAUCAGGCCGAAAUUCCCAAAGAUCUACUUCCCCAGGACAUACCUUGGCACGAUACCAAAAAAGGACCACACGCCAUGCCAAAGUCAUUCGUACUGGGACUGGGUGCAUACUAUGAGGGUGGUGCCCGACAAGUUCACCCUCUAUCAUCAGUCCAUCGACUCGUACCUUUUCUUGCGAUUUCUCCGGACCAUGAUCUUCAUCUGUGUAGUAGGCUGUGUUUUGACAUGGCCAAUCCUGAUGCCGAUCAAUGCUGCUGGUGGAGGAACUGGCAGUGAGCUGGACCGGGUUUCUAUCGGUAACGUCGCAGAAGAAAGGUAUCUCUAUGCUCACGCUAUCAUCGCCUGGGUAUUCUUUGGCUUCGUGAUGUUUACUGUGGCAAGAGAGCGACUCUGGCUCAUUGGACUGCGGCAAGCGUGGAAUUUGUCCAAACCAAUUGCGAACAGGCUAUCGUCACGCACUGUGCUAUUUCUGUCAGCGCCUACCGCCGCCCUAGACGAAAGCAACAUGCGACGUUUCUUCGGUGACGAUGCUGUCAAAGUCUGGCCUGUGGCGAAGGCUGAGAAGCUGCAGAGCCUCAUCUCUUCUAGAGAUGCAAAGAUUGACGAGCUCGAGAUUGCAGAAAUAUCGCUGAUACAGAAAGCCAAUGAAGAAGGACGAAGGGGCCAAAAGAGAAACCACGGACAGAGAAUUACCUACGGUAGCCUCCCCGAUAGUGUCAAGCAGUCACUAAGGCCCACGCAAAGACUUAAAACGACGAAGCCAGUGGGCAAGCAAGUGGACGGCAUUGAUUGGGCUCGAGAUCAGCUGUUAGAAAAGGAGGAGGAGAUUCAGAAGGCCCGAGAAUCGAACGAGAGUGCCACAAGCCAGCACGGUGCAGCUGCAGUAUUCGUUCAAUUCCGCACACAGUCUGCUGCCCAAGCAGCAUACCAGCAAGUUGUUUCGUCGGAUGUGUUGUCUCUCACACCUCGUUUUAUUGGAGUCCUGCCUAGCGAGGUUUUCUGGAACAACCUCACUAUAGAGCCUGCGCGGCGUAUAUCGCAGGGUAUCCUCGCUCAUGCACUCGUCAUUGCCCUGAUAAUUUUCUGGUCGAUCCCAGUCGCAUUCGUCGGCGCAGUGUCGAACGUAACAUAUCUAGCAGAGAACUUCAAAUUUCUCAGUUUCCUCAAUCACUUGCCGGAUAGCGUCAUUAACCUUUUGACCGGAUUGGUACCGCCUCUGCUUCUCAGCGCGCUGAGUAAGUACGUACCGAAGAUCUUUAGAUACAUCUUUACGACAUUUGGCGAACCCACCAAGACAUCUACCGAGUUGAAGGUCCUGAAGUGGUACUAUGUCUUCCAAGUCUUGCAGGUCUUUCUGAUAACUUCGUUGUCUUCCGGUGCUGCGACAGUCGUCUCACAGAUUGUGAAGAACCCUAACAAGAUACCUGAACAGCUUGCAGAGCGCUUGCCUCGAGCCUCUAACUCCUACCUUACUUACUUCGUUGUGCAAGGCCUCACCAGCGCUUCUGACAAUCUGCUGAACUACUCUGACGUUCUAUCUUUUGUCUUCUUUGACAAGUUCUUCGACAAAACGCCACGUCAGAAGUACAACAGCUACAUCGCCUUGAAAGGAAUGCAAUGGGGUAAACUGUUCCCCAAGUAUGUUAACUUCGUUAUCAUUGCGAUUGUGUACUCUUGCAUUGCACCCUUAGUUCUUGGUUUCGCGGCCGCAGGUCUUGUCCUGUUCUACCUCAGUUACCGCUACAUGUUGCUCUUCACCGCGCAACCAAAAGUCGACACCAAGGGACACUGCUACACUCUUGCACUGCAGCAGAUGCUUACCGGCGUCUACAUCGCCGAGCUCUGCCUGAUCGGGCUUUUCAGCCUUCGAGGUGCAUUCGGGCCCACGAUCUUGCUCGGCAUUCUGUUCAUCGCCACCGUCAUCUUUAAUAUACUUACAAACCGUUACUUUGCACCGCUCGAGCAAUACCUGCCAGCCGACCUAGCUCUCGACGGCAGCAGCGACGAGGAUGACGAAGAAGCCCCACUCCUGUCUUCCGCAGAGCAGGGUCAAUCUGACGCUAUCCAGCGCGAGGAGACGCGCAUCCAACGCAUUAGCAGUACUAUGCGUGUCUCGCCUAAAGUCACUGGCCCGCUGGCUCGUUUCUUCGAGCCGCACAUAUUCGCGAGUCAUUUGGCAAUGAAGCGAUGGAUUCAGGAUGGCGAUUUUGACAAAGACUAUAUACCAGAAUACAGCGACGAAGACAUACGCAAAGCAUACCUCAAUCCCGCAUACACGAGCCAGACGCCAGUCGUCUGGUUGGCCAAGGACGACAUGGGCGUCAGCCAGAGGGAGAUUCAAGAGAACGAGAAGAAAGAAAUUAAGUGCAGCGACGAGGGGGCCUGGAUUGACAAGGAGGGAAACCUGAAAUGGAGCGUGGACGACUUUGAGAAGGUGCCUAUCUUCAAGAAGACCAAGCAAUGGUAG